AUGCCCUCGACCCCGGCCACGGGCCCUUCUUCGGGCCACCCCGAUUAUCCCGAAGAUGCCAGUUUUGAGCCGAAUGGCGACGGCCGGGUCGAAAUGGCCCAGGACGACGUCGAUGCCAUCAUCCGCAACAAACGAAAGGUCCGCGAUCCCAAGGCCUGCUAUGCAUGCCAUCGCCGCAAGGUCAAGUGCAACCGCGAGUUGCCAUGUGAUAGUUGUGUGAAGAGAGACCAUCCAGAACUGUGCAGCUACGAGAGACCCACCAAGAAGCGCAGGAUUGCCAUGACGACUCAGUUCCCAAGAGAUGGCAGUGAAGGCACCGACGUCAAGGACCUCGGUCUGCAAAGUGGUCCUAAUGUCACAGUGCCCAAGGAACAGUGGGAGCGGGUCAAUAGGGAACUUCAAAGACUCAGAGAGCAGCUGAGUACUGGUGCUACUCAGGCCGAUGCCGACGCCGAAGCAGGGGCCAAGGAUGGUACGAUUGAGGACGGUCCUGCUGCCGCUGACGAGGGAGAAGGCAUUCAUGCACCCAGCAAUCAGAUGGGUACCAUGCACCUUGGCUCACGCUCUGUCCUGGCCUAUAUGAUGGGAUUGGGACGAGAUCAAUCAACACAGGACUCCGCAGUGUCGUUAUUGAAUGACAACAUCCUGCCAAAGCUGGGACUCGACAACGACAGUGUCACCUACCCAUUUGUGGAUCUCUGGAGCACCGACAACAGCAUCAAAGACAUUGAUGGUCUGUGCAGUGCAAUCCCUAGUGAUGAACUGUGCAAGCAAUUCUUCGCCACGUAUCGUGAUGUUGCUUGCACAAUGUACCCUGUCGUCCCCGAGUGCGAUACCUUCGAAGCCACUCUCAACUACAUGCUCGCUAAUCGAGCCAAAGCUGCCCGCGAAGCAACUCCCCUCGACCCGAACAGUCCUAUGGGGAUCUCUUUGGGCUACCUCGCCCUGGUCUUCGCGGUGCUGGUUUCUGGUGCGCAGUGCUCAAGUAUCAGUUCCAAAGAGCGAGAGCUCACGUCGCAGGUCUAUAUUUGCUGCUCGUACCAAGCCCUUCGCAUGGGUAACUUCCUCACCCACCCUAGCCUCGAGACCAUUCAAGCUCUGCUGGUCAUCACCAACGUCUUGUCCUACAACAUGAAUCCGGGUGUCGCAUAUAUCUUUCUUGGUCUUGUGGUUCGCAUGGCUUUCUCAAUGGGCCUGCAAAUCAACCAAAGCGGCUUCUCGGACCAUGAGAACUGGCUUCGCCGCAGGACUUGGUGGGCCAUCGCUUGGCAGGAUUCUCAUUUCUGUGUCAGCUACGACCGUCCGAGUGCUUCCUGCUUGUGCAGUCCGGAUAUCCCGUAUUCCCCCGGGAGUGCACCCGACGACCGCAACUACGCCGAGACGAUGUACAACGUUAUUCGACUUACCCAAGAGCUUGUUCGCGAGAGAACUUUGAAGCCAAAUAAACGCACUAGCUGGGUCCAGAUCCAGCGGUAUCGUGAUGAAGUCAUUGAAAUUAUUUCAGAUGCUACGCCUCACUUGCGUGAACGCACGGCGUGUGGGAAUGACACUUGCAAACAUAUCGAGCGUCUUGCCCUGAAGCUCCAUACUUCAUACAUGAUAGGCGAGCUCUGCCGGCCUGCUCUCAAGGAAGGGGGCGAUGAAACCACACCCACCACAACACCUGCUGGAUCACCAGGUUCUCAAGGUCAACGUCGUAAAGGUUCUCGUCCAGCGUCCAGGUCGCCUCCUGUCGAUCCCGAUCUGCCUCAACGGCUCCGACAAGAUUGCCUGCGUGGUCUCGAGGGAACCAUCACGGCCUACGUAGAACUUUCAGAGCUCAGCCAGUUUGCCGCACGCUCCUGGAUUGCGGUCCAACGCGUCAUCUCUGCCGCCUUCCUCCUCGGUACGCUGCCUGAAGCCAACCAAGAGCCUCGCAUCAUCAACGUCCUUCGCGAGUUGGAGAAGAGUAUCGCCGCCCGCAUAAGCGAGGACCCGGGAUUCGACGGUCUCCGUGCUGCCAAUUCGUCGUCGGCAGAACCAGCGCCAGAGUUGGAGAGUAUCUGGGCGCGCAGCGUGACUAAGAGCUUGCACGCGCUGCAAAACCUGAACGCCGCCCUCGCAAGCCACAAAGCCCAAUCAGCAAAGGUCGGUCAGGCGGCUAUGGGCGUGAGAGGCAUGUACAUGGACGGUGAAAGCAUGCGCAUGGCCACGGACGCCGGCGCGACCAUGCCAAGAUCUCGCCCACAUAUGCAACCCUCGUUCACCCCGUCAAGAUCAGGCAUAGCCACGCAGGGCAUCAAGCAGGAGGCCUACUCACCCACCGUGGGUGCUGCAAUCAUGAUGCCCCAUACCAUAGGAUCAACGAGCGUGGGAAAUAAUACGAACGGAGCAUGGGAUUACGGACGAUUAGGGGAGCGCGCUCAAGGGUAUAUUCAGCGGCCUGUCUGGCAGUAA